AUGAAGUUCGCUGAGCACUUAAGUGCACACAUUACGCCCGAGUGGCGUAAACAAUAUAUAAACUAUGAGGAAAUGAAGGCUAUGUUAUAUACAGCAGUGGAGGAAGCGCCUUCAGCUGAAAAUGUGGAGCCCGAAGUAUUAUCGCGACAUUUCGCCAACUUCGAUGAAACAUUCUUCCAUUAUUGUGAUCAGGAACUAAAGAAAAUCAACACGUUUUACUCAGAGAAACUUGCUGAAGCCACGAGAAAAUUCGCAACACUGCAAAGCGAAUUGAAAUCACAUUUCGAGACAAUAAAGCCUAAAGGAAGCGGGGAUAGCAAAAAGGCUAUACCUAGGCGGAAAGUUCAGGAGUUAAAACUGGCAUUCAGCGAAUUCUAUCUAAGUUUGAUACUUCUACAAAAUUACCAAAAUUUGAAUUAUACUGGGUUCAGAAAAAUAUUGAAAAAACACGAUAAGUUACUAAACGUGAGUAACGGCGCACAAUGGCGGGCGGAACAUGUCGAAACAUCACAUUUCUACACCAACAAAGAUAUAGACAGAUUAAUAAGCGAUACAGAAGCCACAGUCACUAACGAUCUGGAAGGUGGUGACAGACAGAAAGCUAUGAAGAAACUAAGGGUGCCACCUCUAGGAGAACAGCAAAGUCCAUGGACCACUUUCAAAGUUGGGCUGUUUUCAGGGUCAUUUAUUGUCCUGUUCAUCACUGUGGUGUUGUCUGCACUAUUCCAUGAAGGUGGUACAGAAAACUUCAAGACUGCCUUCAGACUGUACCGGGGUCCAUUCUUAUUAGUCGAGUUUAUAUUUUUGAUUGGAAUAAACGUAUACGGCUGGAGAUCUUCAGGCGUGAACCAUGUUCUAAUAUUCGAGUUGGACCCAAGAAAUCACCUUUCGGAACAACACUUGAUGGAGUUGGCCGCCAUAUUUGGUGUUAUAUGGGCCUUGAGUAUAUUGAGUUUUAUAUACAGUGCGAGUCUAAGCAUACCUCCGUUCGUCAACCCACUGGCUCUGGUUAUCAUAAUGCUGGCGUUCCUCAUGAAUCCCUUGAAGGUGUUCCGUCAUGAAGCUAGAUUCUGGUUUUUAAGGAUAUGUGGACGUAUAUUAGCUGCGCCAUUCAUGCCAGUGUUGUUCGCGGAUUUCUGGCUGGCUGACCAGUGGAACUCAUUCGCUGCGGCCUUCUUAGACUUCCAUUAUCUUAUAGCUUUCUAUACGACUGGCAGCGACUGGUUUAAUGUUAACGCCUCAUUCGAGCGGACACAAUGGUUCAUAAUCACCCGUGCACUAGUGAACGUGGUCCCGGCUUGGACGCGGUUCUUCCAAUGCCUGCGUCGAUACAGGGACAGCAGGGAGGCAUUCCCACACUUGGUCAACGCUGGGAAGUAUUCCACUACAUUCUUUGUAGUGCUAUUUGCUACGCUGCGCACUUUAUACAGUGGUAAAUACACAAACCCGUACGACAAUCCUUUCCUAUACGCGUGGUUUGCGUGCCAACUAGUAUCCUCGCUGUACACGUACACGUGGGACGUCAAGAUGGACUGGGGCCUCUUUAGUUGCGGACCUAAUGCUGAGAACAAAUUCCUUAGGGAGGAAAUUGUUUAUAGUCCUGGGUUCUACUACUUCGCGAUAGUGGAGGAUUUCGUGCUGCGUUUCAUAUGGACAGUGUCCUUUGUGUUGACUGAGAACAACGUCGUCAGCGGCGAGACUAUGACAUCUAUUCUGGCACCGCUUGAAGUUUUCAGACGGUUCAUAUGGAACUUCUUCCGUCUUGAGAACGAGCAUUUGAACAACUGUGGUAAAUUCAGAGCUGUGCGCGACAUCUCUGUCGCCCCCCUCGACUCGUCCGACCAGGCUGAUAUUAUACGCAUGAUGGACCAUCCCGACGGAGUUAUUAAUAGAUUUGCUAAAAACAAGAAAAAUACAAAAAAGACAAAGGAGAGUGAUCGAAAGCCUCUGCUGAAGAAGGAAUCGAUACAAGACAUGCAACUGGAACUAGAUUUGUCCUCCAAAAUGCUGUAA